AUGCCUCCCAAGAAGGCCAAACAAAAAGCGAAGGCCAAGGCUGCUUCGGCCGGGCCUGGAGAGAAUGACUUCAUGAUUGACAACGGUGAGGGCAGUGAAUGCAAUGACCAGCUUUUGCGCAUUCACGAAGCUUUGAAGACAAUCAGAGAUCACGAUGUCUUCAAAGACAUCGACGCUGCGAAGCCGCUGACGGUCAGUCAGGGAGCUUCGCAGUCUCCGUACGACAAAGCACAAGCGCAAGCGGCCCUGGGCAACAACAGUUGCUACAGUUGCGGCGGCAACUUUUUCUGGGCUGACCAGAUAUGGUUGCCGAACCACCGUGUCCCGAUCAACUCGGGGCAAAUUCUUGCGCUACAGACACGGUUCUUACCUCCAAUGGAGCCUCCAGCUACCUUCCCCUUCACAGUCACCGUGGCUCUGGACUCGGCGAACGACGAGGUGUUGGAUGGUAAAGCCUUCCAGCGGCUCAGCCCCUGCGAGCCCUGUCAUGCGAUGCUCUUCAGCAUUCAGGAGGCAAUCAAUGGCAGCGCCGACGCAGCUGUCUUGCAGAGCUGGAGGAAACUCCUGUUGACUACGCAGUUCCGCUUGGAGCUGGUCCCAAUGGGAGAAGCCAGGUACUGGAGGGCGGCGAACCUGCGCGAGGACAUUGUCGAAAAGGGUGUCAUGGUCACGAUGUCAGCGCGCCAACGCAUUUAUGACGUCGUAGGCUUCAAAAAGGCAAAGGAAAAAGCUUUGGGAGCCGCGCUCACGUCGCAGCAGGUUGCAGACGCCUACACAGCUCGCCUGAAGCUGUCCUCCCAAGCAGAGAAAAUCACGAAAUCCUUCGUCGAUGCAGCGAUUCAAGUGCACGACAAAGUCUUCAAGACUGAGAGGAGUCGCGUCAUGUUGGCUUGGUGCGACAGACACUUCUUGUCCAAGAACCCUUGGGACUCAGUCUACCUGAUGCAAGAUCUGGCGGUGCGAGCGCAGACCCCGGACAUCAUCGCGGAAUGCUUGCACGGCCUUGUCGAUGGCUUCAGGAUGGGAUUCUUGAAGAAGGGCACCUUUGUCAGCAGCGUUUUGCGAGACCCACGCCAAAGUUACAUCGAAGUCUUGAAGCUGAAGCUGAAACUCAGAGAAGCGCUCCUCACUGACUGGCUGGAUUCGACGUCUAUGCCGCACAGCUGGAAGCAGAAGCUGCGUGAGUCUUUCAGCUCCUUUGAUGCCGUUCGUGAGAGGUACUCGUCGUACCCAGACGAGGACCAGGCUGCUUCGGCCUGGGUGUUGGGGGCCCCCGAGUCUGUCAGUCUGACAGCAGACUUGCUGGAUCAGCUGAUCUACAGAGAGAAUUUCGAUGGUCGUUUCAGGGACGCCGUGAAAACGCACCAUGAGACAGCUGACUUCUUGGACUACCCCAGUGUGAAGUCCAAGAUUAAAGAGGUCGAAGACGCGCUGCGGAAAGAAACGAAACCGAAUGUGGCUGAUCCGGCCACAGACGCUGCCAGCACCGGCACAACAGCUGCUACGGCUGCAACUCAGCCAAGCAAGGAGGCCACAGGCAAAACUGAUGCCAACGCCACAGACUUUCAACUGCUCUCGGCUUCGGAGCAGGACGAAUGGCGGGCCUUCAUGCUGAAGCAGCUGCGGUCGAGUGUUCGCUUUAUCCCAGACAGCGGAAGCGCAAAUCAGCUCGAGCAGAGCCUGAAAGACAACCCCUACGCGGUUUUGCAUGGAGACCCCCUGGGCACAGUCCUCUUGCAUUUUGAUGUUAAAAAAAGCGGCGAAGCUGCUACCCGACCCGACCUUCGGAAAACACCGCUUCGAGAGGCUCCCUACUGCCGCGCUGUGCGUGCUGUUCUGGAUGCUCGCAGCAAAAAUCCUGGACAGACCGGAACCUUGAACUCUGCAGAGAUUGCCGUUGUUCUGGACGGCGGUCGGCCCGGCAAUCGCAAGAAGCUUCUCCAGCCUUGGAAGGUGGGGACAAGACUGGAGAUUGAAGCGAAAAAAAAAGACGACAAAGACGAUGAAGAUGAAGACGACGAAGCGGCUGCUGCGGCCGAAGAGGACGACGACGAGGAAAACCAGAAGCCAGGACUGGUGAUCGAGCCCCUGAUGAUCGGGUACAAGGAAAAAAGCCUUGCAGACAGGCGCAAGAAAUGCCGGGGCACAGCUACGCUGAAACAGCUGGAGACGUGCUACGUCAUGUCCGCCAACCGCCUCAACUUGCCAUCGCGAGAUCGGAAACAUUACGACGGCACCACCAACGGCGACACACUGUUUGGGGUAGUAGCUCCAGCACUUGAAAACGAGUGGCAUCUCCCCUGGCAGGAGAAAAAGCAGUUGUACGGCAAGAAAAACAUCCACCAGGUGGGAGGGAAAACAGAAGGGGCAGAUGAGAAGCUGUACUCCGACCGGACCGCAAACGAAAAAGAGCCGGUCGCGUUCUGGUCCAUGCCAGAAGCUUUUUACGAAGAGUUGCUGCACAACUUUUACAGCAAGCUAGUGAUAGACUUGAGCCCCCUUGACGGGAGAUUCGCUUGGGUUUGUUUGAAGCAGCGGGUCGGAUAUGUGGGGGUGUGUUUCAAUGCCGAUCACGUGUCUUUCCUGGAAGAAAGACUCCUAAGUCUUAUGGAAGCGGCAAUGAAGGAUUCGUCCAGUCCUCUGUUCAACAACUCGUACGCAGAGAAGGUGGGCGCAACGCCAAAAGCCAAAGCAACUCCCAAACCGACGCCGAAGGGAGGGACGACGAAGCCGAAGACACAGACGAAGGGAAAGCCCAAGCCGAAGAAGCCCAAGAACGACGGCGACAACGGUGAAGGGACGGACGGCAACCCUGCGCCUCCGAAGAAGCCUCGCAAAUCCAAGGGUGACGAAGACGAUGAAGUUGUCAACCUCAUGGAGGACCCUGAGGAAGAGGAUGAGGAGGAAGGUGGAGAUGAUGUCUGGGAUCCUCUCAGCUGA